AUGCAGGGCGAAUACCACGAGGAGCAGUUUCCUGAACUCAACCAGUCUUCUUACUCUUUGGGGUUUGAGGGCGAGGUUGGGGUCGGUGGCUACGACGCCCCCGCCGACCUCCUUUCUGGCGAGAACAAUCAUUACCACGAAAGUAUAGGGUUGUUGACCCGAGGUAGCAUUCAUGGAGCCAUGCGCAACCUUCCAGCUAUAAAUGCUUUUAACUCCAUUGACAAUAUGACAAUGGAUUCUGGCUACGAGGCAUCUUUCUGGGAGCCAGAUUGGUUGAACACUCCACUCAAUCCUGCAGUGGAAGCGUCUACAAUGGUUCCAGACCAAACCGCCAGCCUCAUGGACUUCAACUCAGGUCCACAGGUUGCACAAAGUCGUUUAACCGCAAGUCCUGCCGGGAUCGUCAUGAGCAAACCCAUGCCAACGCUCAGCUCCUCUACGUUUGUACCGUUGCCGGAUGCACCGCUCGAUACAAGAGAUCUGACAAGCUCACUGAGCAUAUGUGGAAAAAGCAUGCCGAUUUGGGGUAUGCCAAGGCUUGGUGAUAGGGUAGCGAGCUCGGCUAUUUCAGGGGAAGGUGGGGUGUUGGGUUACGAGAUAUUGACGGCCGCUUCUUUUCUUGAAACUUUUCUUGCGCUUUACGGUGAAUGAAAGGAGUGGGGAGUGGAGUGGAAAUAACGGCCGACUUUUGUUUCUUGCUUUUGCUGUAUCUUCUGGUCAGAUUGAAAGCUUGAUGAAGAUGAGAUGGAAAUGACGGCCAACUUUUCUCGUACUGAUUUUGUU